CAAGAGCAACAUUGAGCCGACAACCACAGCCGCAUUCCGAUAUGUAAGGAUUCCUGCAGCUUGGCAGCCGCCUCUCCGAAGGGCGAGAGCGAGGCCCAGCAGCAUCCCAGGCAAGGUCAAUAAAUCCAGAUGCAUGAGAAAUGAGGGAACGAUCGAGGCAGAUCGUGCCAUCACAACAAAGGAAGGUAUAUCCAUUCUGCAAUACAUUUGCAUCCAUUAUUCCGAUGGCGGGUCUAGUACGAUUAUAUACUAUGUAGUCAUCCGAUUUGGUUCCAUUUUGAACUUUAAAACGUACACGUUCCUCCUACAAAGCCUUCUUGCUGAUCAGCAAAACAUAUACAUGGGUAUAUAUGUACUUUAUAGGGUCCCAUUCCAUCUCUGACACCUCUUUGACCCUCUGCCAGGGUAUACGAGUCAAUACCUCAUUUAUUUUGAGACAAAAGCGUCUCCAAAUUCUAUCUGCUUGUCACACAUUAGUUUUGAACAAAGCUUUCAUAAUUAGAUGAAAAUUAAUUGUGUGUGGUGUAUCUGUGUGUGGUGUAUCUGCGUGUGUGCGUGUGCAUGUUACCAACAUUCCAAUAUCAAUAUUCAAAUUCCAAUGCUAUUCAUUUUUUGCGGCUCAUUUCAAUGCUUAUUUCAAAGGAAAACGAUUAUUUCUGUUGGUUUUUUUUCUGUUAUUCUGUUUUUUGCCGUCUUGAGUAGAUUUUUUUGAUUUGUGUCGAAGAGAAAACCGGUUCCAGCACAGAAAACAUCUCGAAGAGAAGAGAGAAAAAGAGAAAUAGGGGGUCUGUUAAAAAUACCGGGAUCCAUUGCUUCCAAUUCCCCUUCGCUUGCCGUCAAGCUGACAAACCACUCACUCACUCACGCAAUGGAGGGGGCAAGACGGUUACCCGUGGAUAUGCGAAUACUCCGUACAUCCACUCCUAUAGACCUAUGCGCACGGAGAAUGUUAGAUGCAUGAUGUUCGAUGAUGGAAGGAAAAAGGAGGCUGGAACUGGAAGCAUCUCUGACCUUCAGAAUACCCGGAUGCCGAGUCGGGAUUGCUAUAAUUUGCAGAUAGAUAGAUACUUUUCGUAUAUUAUAUAUGUACUGAGACCACAGAGGAUCACAAAGAGACAGGGCCUAUUUUUCCACCGAAUUUCAAUAAAUUUGAUACCCGUGCGAUAACCUACGAAACAAAAAAAACCAUGCGUUCCAGAAAUUCAUUUAAAAUAAUUCAAAGCUCAAUUGAAUAAAAGCAAAUCACUGGGAUCGCCAUUAGUUAGUCGCGAUGGUUUCAUUGCACAUAAAGAUCGCUGUAGCGGGGCUGGCAUUACUCACCAGCUUUGUACUUGCGGCAAACAAAUAUUUUACGCCGCAUUAUGGGCCUCAACUGCUGGACCAGAACUGCGCUGUCCAUUCCCCCCAGCUGAGUCGUUCGUAUCCCAGGAUCCUUGGGGGACAGAACACAGCUUCAGACUCCAGCCCGUGGAUGGCACUGAUAACCAAGAACGGAAGAUUCAGUUGUGGUGGCUCUCUGAUCAAUGCGCGAUAUGUCCUGACUGCAGCGCAUUGCACAAGUCCCGAGCCACUAAAGGUCCGGCUAGGGGCGUACGACAUAGAGACAUACUCCGUCGAUUCGGAGGAGAUUGAUGUUGAACUACAGAUUCCCUUCCCGAACUAUCAAUCAUACCUGACGAAUGAUAUAGCUCUGUUCCGACUGGCGAGACGCGUGGAGUACAAAGAUCACAUCAUACCGAUCUGUCUGCUCCUGGAACGAAAUUUUUGGAACCAGCUGCACUUGGUUCAAAGGUUCAAUAUCACGGGCUGGGGCAAAACCAGCAGCGGGAGAGCAAGCCGUGUACUUCAGACCGCCUCCUUUAGGAACCUGGGUCGAGAAAUGUGCACCGCGAAAUUUUCGAGGAACAUCAACGAGGCGCAGAUCUGUGCGGGUGCAGUGAAUGCAUACACGUGCUCGGGAGACUCUGGCGGUCCGUUGAGCGCUCUGAUAAAAUACGGACGUAAGCAGCGGUUCGUUCUUUUCGGGAUUGAUAGCUUCGGACUUGCAAAUUGCAACGGUCCCACCGUCUUCACGAAUGUCAUGUACUAUAUGGCGUGGAUAGUGCAGACCGUACGAGACCGUAGCCCUACCCAUAGGUCUCUGCCGCCGGCGCCAAACCAUAGGCAGUGGCCAAUGAGAGACCCCUGUAGCUCCAGAUCUGCCAUUAGUUCUUCCGAGGCUCCGCCUGAAAUGAAGAUCGCAGUGGCUGGAAUCGGAAUACUCGCCUGCCUGAUCCUUGAGCUAAACCAGGGAUCGGCGACGUUUCUAGAAGAGAAUUGCGGAGACACAUGGAGCAUACCCGUCACGUAUAUAGCGGGUGGAAGAGAAGCAAACAUAAGAGCCAAUCCGUGGAUGGCCUAUUUGCGUGUGGGGUCCAAUUUCCUGUGCGCAGGAACACUCAUCCACAGCCGCUUUGUUUUGACAGCUGCGCAUUGCAUAGCGGAGGGAGAGAUAAUAACCGUGCGUUUGGGAGAGUACGAUGUGGAGAAUGAGAGGGACUGCAGAGGAGCGGACUGCAUCGCUCCUUAUGAGGAGUACGAGGUGAGCAAGGCCUAUCGCCACCGAUCUUAUUCAAUAUCCCGCCGCCAACAUGACAUAGGUUUGCUAAGAUUAAGCCGCACAGUACAGUUCACAGAACACAUCCAGCCGAUCUGCCUCAUCAUAGGAGCCGAUCAGAGAAAUGUAGACACUUUCCAGUCGUUCAUUGCCACCGGCUGGGGCAUGACCCAGGACCGCACUUUUAGCCGCACCCUUAGGACCAUCGUCCUUAAUCGCUUAGACAUCACCGAGUGCUCGAAGAGGUUCAAUCUCGACAUUGGUGGGCAUCAGAUCUGCGCUGGACACUCGACGGGGGACACAUGCAGUGGGGACUCUGGCGGUCCUCUGGGCAAGUGGGUGCGGCACGAGGGCAAACUGCGCUUCGCCCAAAUCGGGAUCAUCAGCUACGGCAGCGCCCAGUGCGUUGGCCCGAACGUGAACACGGAUGUCACGAGCCACAUGUCGUGGAUAGAGAAUAUUGUGCGAGGAUAAUUGAUUUGAUACGAUAAUAUUUAUACGUUAAAAUUUUAAUGUUGCCCUUUUUUGAAUUUGAGCAGCGCCCUCUGUAAAGGCGGAAAAAUGUAUUCACGCCAUCUAUUGGCUAAUAAUGCAAGUCCCAAGAAUCCAAUCUAUGGCCACCAGAGAGCGGUAAGGUAAUGUGGAUCCUGAACAGCUUGUGUCAGAUGUCGAUAAAAUGUAAAGUGUAAAUACAAAAAUCGUAG